UUGAUCUGAUUGUCCGAUCCUGCCCACAUCUGGACAGGAGUUUGCGGCUCUGACGAAGGAGCUGAACUUGUGUCGGGAGCAGCUACUGGAACGGGAGGAAGAAAUUGCGGAGCUGAAGGCAGAGCGGAACAAUACUCGGCUUCUCCUAGAACACCUGGAGUGCCUGGUGUCCAGGCACGAGAGGUCACUGCGUAUGACUGUGGUAAAGCGCCAGGCCCAGUCCCCAGGAGGGGUCUCUUCCGAGGUGGAGGUACUCAAGGCUCUAAAAUCCCUCUUCGAGCACCACAAGGCCCUGGAUGAGAAGGUCCGGGAGCGGCUGCGAAUGGCGCUGGAGCGGGUGGCAGUGCUAGAGGAAGAGUUGGAGCUGAGCAAUCAGGAGACUCUGAGCCUUCGAGAGCAGCUGUCUAGGCGCCGGUCGGGGCUAGAGGAGCCCGGCAAGGAUGGGGAUGGGCAGACUCUUGCCAAUGGCCUGGGUCCUGGUGGGGAUUCGAACCGGCGCACGGCAGAGCUGGAGGAGGCCCUGGAGCGGCAGCGGGCGGAGGUGUGCCAGCUGCGGGAGCGCCUGGCGGUGUUGUGCCGCCAGAUGAGCCAGCUGGAGGAGGAGCUGGGCACGGCCCACCGCGAGCUGGGUAAGGCCGAGGAAGCUAACUCCAAGCUCCAGCGCGACCUCAAGGAGGCGCUGGCGCAGCGGGAGGAUAUGGAGGAGCGGAUCACAACGCUAGAGAAGCGCUACCUGAGUGCCCAGCGAGAGGCCACGUCUCUGCACGACGCCAACGACAAGUUGGAAAACGAGCUGGCCAGCAAGGAGUCGCUGUACCGGCAGAGUGAAGAGAAGAGCCGUCAGCUGGCCGAGUGGCUGGACGACGCUAAGCAGAAGCUGCAGCAGACGCUGCAGAAGGCGGAGACCUUGCCGGAGAUAGAGGCCCAGCUGGCCCAGCGAGUGGCAGCGCUCAACAAGGCUGAGGAACGUCAUGGGAAUUUUGAGGAGAGGCUUCGGCAGCUGGAGGCCCAGUUGGAGGAGAAGAACCAGGAGCUGCAGCGGGCCCGGCAGCGGGAGAAGAUGAACGAUGACCACAAUAAGCGGCUGUCCGAGACAGUGGACAAGCUGCUGAGUGAGUCCAACGAACGGUUGCAGCUUCACCUCAAGGAGCGCAUGGGGGCACUGGAGGAGAAGAACUCACUAAGCGAGGAGAUCGCCAACAUGAAGAAGCUUCAGGAUGAGCUGCUGCUCAACAAGGAGCAGCUCUUGGCGGAGAUGGAGCGGAUGCAGAUGGAGAUUGACCAGCUGCGGGGGAGGCCACCAUCCUCCUACUCCAGAUCUCUCCCUGGCAGUGCCCUGGAGCUCCGUUACUCCCAGGCACCCACGUUACCUUCUGGCGCCCACCUGGACCCCUAUGGGGCUGGCAGUGGCCGGGCAAGCAAGAGGGGUCGCUGGUCAGGGGUCAAAGAUGAGCCCUCUAAGGAGUGGGAGCGGUCUGCCCCUGCGGGGUCCAUGCCACCUCCAUUCCCUGGGGAGCUGGAUGGCUCAGAUGAGGAGGAGGCGGAGGGGAUGUUUGGAGCUGAGUUGCUAUCUCCCAGUGGGCAAGCUGAUGUGCAGACACUGGCCAUCAUGCUUCAGGAGCAGCUGGAGGCCAUCAACAAAGAGAUCAAGUUAAUCCAAGAGGAGAAGGAGACAACAGAACAGAGGGCAGAAGAGCUGGAGAGCCGGGUGUCUGGCUCGGGCCUGGACUCACUGGGCCGCUACCGCAGUAGCUGCUCACUGCCCCCCUCCCUCACCACCUCUACCCUUGCCAGCCCCUCCCCUCCCAGCUCUGGCCACUCAACACCCCGUCUGGCACCCCCUAGCCCUGCCCGUGAGGGCACCGACAAAGCUAAUCAUGCCCCCAAGGAGGAAGCUGGGGCUCCACGAAUGGAGGGACCAGCAAUCCCAGGAGACACCCCACCUCCCACUCCUCGUUCUGCCCGCCUUGAGAGAAUGACCCAGGCCUUGGCAUUGCAGGCGGGAUCCCUGGAAGAUGGAGGGCCCUCACGGGGAAGUGAGGGCACCCCAGAUUCCCUGCACAAAGCUCCCAAGAAGAAGAGCAUCAAGUCAUCCAUAGGCCGUCUCUUUGGCAAGAAAGAGAAGGGGCGAAUGGGACCACCAGGUCGGGACAGCUCUUCUCUGGCUGGAACACCCUCAGACGAGACAUUGGCCACUGACCCUCUGGGGCUAGCCAAGCUGACAGGCCCAGGAGACAAGGACCGAAGGAACAAGAGGAAGCAUGAACUUCUGGAAGAGGCCUGCCGUCAGGGCCUGCCUUUUGCUGCCUGGGAUGGGCCCACUGUGGUCUCCUGGCUAGAGCUGUGGGUAGGCAUGCCUGCAUGGUAUGUGGCCGCCUGCCGGGCCAACGUCAAGAGUGGUGCCAUCAUGGCCAACUUGUCAGACACGGAGAUCCAGCGCGAGAUCGGCAUCAGCAACCCACUGCACCGGCUCAAGCUGCGCCUCGCUAUCCAGGAGAUGGUCUCACUCACCUCACCCUCCGCUCCUGCCUCCUCCCGCACUUCCACAGGAAACGUGUGGAUGACACAUGAAGAGAUGGAGUCCCUUACCGCGACGACCAAGCCUAUCCUGGCAUAUGGCGACAUGAACCAUGAAUGGGUGGGGAACGACUGGCUGCCCAGCCUGGGGCUGCCCCAGUACCGCAGCUACUUCAUGGAGUCGCUGGUGGAUGCCCGAAUGUUAGAUCAUCUUAACAAGAAGGAGCUCCGGGGCCAACUCAAGAUGGUGGACAGCUUCCACAGGGUGAGUCUGCAUUACGGGAUCAUGUGCCUGAAACGGCUCAACUAUGACCGGAAGGACUUGGAGCGGAGGCGGGAAGAGAGUCAGACCCAGAUCCGAGACGUGAUGGUGUGGUCCAAUGAGCGGGUCAUGGGUUGGGUGUCCGGGCUGGGCCUGAAGGAAUUCGCCACGAACCUCACGGAGAGCGGGGUGCACGGGGCGCUGCUCGCCCUGGACGAGACCUUCGACUACUCUGACCUGGCCUUGCUCCUGCAGAUCCCCACACAGAAUGCACAGGCCCGGCAGCUCUUGGAGAAGGAAUUCAGCAACCUCAUCUCCUUGGGCACAGACAGGCGGCUGGAUGAGGCCAAACUUCUGGGAGUUCCCGGGCAGACGGCGUUUCUGUCCGGACCUAUUCCUGCUAGUGUACGCCUCCAGGUGAGGGCUGUACUGGGCGCUCUUGGGGUUCUGGGCGGCACAAUGGAUCUUCACAGCUGCACGCACUGCCUGGCGUCAAUGCAGGUGACCUCACUCGGACGGAAAAACCUUUCAGAGGCUGGGCUGUUUCCCCUCCUGCCCAGAGUAUGGUCUCGCCGGGGAGAGCUUGCUGGGGAGCUCACGCCGCGGACUGGACCAUCUGUACAGACAAGCGGGGAAUGCUGGUCCCUGCCUCACAAAUGGACUGGGCCUGGACCAAACCACAUGCACUGGACUGAGAGGGGGGAAGAAGAAGGCAGGAAGAAAUCCCGCCCCAAACUUUCGCCUCCCUUUCCUCUUCUUUGUAAUUUAUUGAUCAGUUUCCGAUGGGAGAUGGGUGCCCUUUCCCCGCGGGAAGGGGGCGGAGCUUCCCUCCCGGGCCGCAUGCGGGGAGAGGCUGCCCCCUCCCCUUCCUUCCCAGUCGCGGGGCCCAAGUCGUCCUUCUUCAUCCGAAAGGAGGGGAGGGGGGACUCGCUGCUAAAAGCCUCGCCCUUUGUGCCACUCAGCCCUGCCCCGCGGCGUCCGGUCGCUGGUGCCUGGGGUCAGCCGCGGGCGGGGUUCCCUCUCUCUCCCCAGUGUCUCGUGUCCCCGAGGCCCCUCCGCCCCCCGUGCUGUGGCCGUGUCCGUGCCCCGGGGGGCGGUUAGGGGGUGCAGAACUGCGUUCCCCGUUCCGCUCCAGCUCCGGGGUUUGCAUGGGAGAAUCCUCUUUCCACGAUGCCGCUGGGCGACGUGGCGUGGGGAGAGGAAAGACGGUGGGGGAGCCCUCGCCCCCGACUCUUGGUCGGCCUCCCUGCCCCAGGCGUCACUCAGUGAUCACGGGUAAAGAGAACUGUUUCAAAAA